GUCUUUUUACCCAGCAUGCUAUUAGGUAAGUGUGUAUGCCCAUGUUGCCUCAUUUCCUGUGUUUGAGACUCAGUUGAGCGAGAGACAGAGAGGAGGAGAGGAGAGACAGAGGGGGAGGCUGGUUCCUGAUACCGAGACACAGAAAGGCAGAGCCAGGGGUGGAAGAAAGAGAACAGAGGAAUUACAUACAUAUACAGAGACAGCAACCACAAAUAUACAUAUAUUCUUAGUGUGCCCCUCGUUGCCAUAGCACCCUGGACCCAAAGCAGCAACAUUCUAAGAACCCUAUCUUCAUGGAUUAACAGGCACCAGUACCUGAGAGAAUGCACUGAGAGGAUCCCUACACACCCAGAACCUGCAGGAGGAGAACCCGCCAGAUUGUCAAAUGAAUAACAGGAAGGAAGACAUGGAGAUCACGUCUCACUACCGACAGCUCCUGCGGGAGCUGAACGAGCAGCGGCAGCACGGCAUCCUGUGCGACGUGUGCAUCAUCGUGGAGGGCAAGAUCUUCAAAGCCCACAAGAACGUGCUGCUGGGGAGCAGCCGAUACUUCAAGACCCUCUACUGCCAGGUUAAGAAGACCUCCGAGCAGGCCACUGUCACACACUUGGACAUUGUCACAGCGCAGGGCUUCAAAACCAUCUUGGACUUCAUGUAUUCCGCCCACUUGGCGCUGACCAGCAAAAACGUCAUCGAGGUUAUGUCAGCGGCAAGCUACCUGCAGAUGACCGACAUCGUCCAGGCAUGUCACAACUUCAUCAAAGCUGCCCUCGACAUCAGCAUCCGCUCUGAGUUGUCGGACGAGCUGGUUGAUUUCGAGAUGAACACGGCCACCGGGGGAAACAGUAAUGCGGAAGCGUUGGCGUCAAUGAUGUCAGGCAGGAGUACCUCUCCUUGGCUGGCACGGAGAACCAGCCCUGCCAAUUCCUCCGGCGAUUCGGCCAUUGCCAGCUGCCACGAAGGAGGGAGCACGUACGGUAAAGAGGACCAGGAGCCCAAAAACGACAGCCACGAUGACAUUUCUUCACAGUCGUUGUGGUCCAGUGAAUUCCGGCCUGUACAGGUCAAAGAGGAGCAGGUAUCCCCCUCGAACUACAGGAAAGAGGGAUCUACUUCUGCACAGGGGGAGCAGGGCAGCGGCGAGAGGUGGCAGCCAUCUGGGUCCGGGCGCAGGAAGAACCGGAAAAAUAAGGACACAGUGCGUCACAUCACACAGCAAGUGGAAGACGACAGCAGGGCCAGCUCACCCAUGCCAUCCAUCCUCUCUGUCUCUGGCUGGACCUACAACAGCCAGGAUAUUCCAGGUGCUGACGUAAUGGAGCCCAACAGCUCAGACAGCCGGGGAGACCGGUUAGAUUUCUUCAUGAAGCAGGAGGAGGCCCUGGCUGGAGAGGCCAACUACCUGUCCCAGUCUCUGGGCUCGGAGAAGGAAGAGUCGUUGAGCCAGGGGACCUCCGUGGCUAACCUGCGCGCAGCCCUCAUGAGCAAAAACAGCCUGUUAUCUCUCAGAGCAGAGAUGCUUGGAGAAGACAAUCCAUUGCUUUUUGAGUACUUUCCCAAAGGCACACACUCUUUGUCUCGGCCUGGCUCCUCCAACAACUCCUUGAAUCCUCGUCCAAGGGACACAUUUGAUAGCAAACAAGGGCCUACCUCUCCUACUCUGCCCCUGCACACCUCUGCAUGCGGGCCCUCGACUUCCCUUGGUCCCCUCAGUCUGCUCUCUGGGGAUCUUAUACCAGAUACACUGCCAAGGGAGGAGGCCGCUGACUCGUCACCCCUGCAGGUCAAGAUGCGUGAUGAAGAUGAUAUGCAGGAUUACGAUACAGGCCUGGAUGCGAUUCACUACUCAAGAUCUGAAGAUCAGAUGACUGACACAGAUACAAGCAAUAAUGAAACCGAGCUGUUAUUAAGCGGUACAAGCUGGUCGCAGGAGCUGACGUGUUCUUUAUGCAGGAGAUUGUUUGGCAGCCCGGAGAAACUCAAGGAACAUGAGAACCAGCACACCUUAAUGAUGGCGCUGUCCUUGGACGGUUUUGAAAUCGGGAGGCCCGCAGUGUCCAACCUUGCCAGCUUGGUGCCUCCUGGGCCACAGGGCCGCUAUUUCUGUUCCCAAUGCCCGUCUAGCUUUACUCUCAAAUCAAACGCUGACCGCCACGAGAAGACCAUCCAUUUCAAACGCAAGAUGAUGCAGUGUGACUUCUGUCUCAAGCACUUCCGCGACAGGACAGACCUCAACCGACACUUGUCCUCUGUACAUUCCAGAGAGCGCAUCUUCACUUGCAGCAUCUGCAGCAAGUCCUUCAGCACACAGAAAAACCUAGCGACGCACAUGAAAGUGUGUUACCAGAGCAAUGUGCAGACAGAUCUCCUCUGGGAAACAGCGGAGCGCAACGAAGCGACCAGCAACAGCUAACUCGUAAUGUCUAGAAAUGCUGGGCCUUGCGUGACAUGGUGUAUAAAUGAAAUGCAUAAAAUGCUGUUUUUCCUCCUGUAUUUUGUACAAUCUACACACUGUUUGUAACUUGUGUAUAAUACCUUAAUAAGAUAUUUAAGGUUUUGGUAUUCAAAAAUAUUUUACUACAAUAUAUUGGAACGCACAGUAGCACCUGUAUUCCAUUCUUUUGGAAUACAGGUUAUUUCAGGGAUGUAGUUUUUUUUUUUUGUUUGUUUGUUUGUUUGUUUGUUUGUUUGUUUGUUUGUUUGUUUGUUUGUUUGUUUUAAAUCUGAAAAUGAUCCUUUCUGAAGAGAUUGCACAGAUUUUUUGAGCAUGUAGGUGCUGGUUUGUUCUGACAGGUUGUGGUGUUUUUUUGUAAGGAACGGGCUAAUCAUAUAAAACUGGGUGGCUCGGUUUUCUAAAGCCUGUCUUUGUCCUUGAGUUUUCAGCCUGACACGGGUCACCAAGUAAAGUCAUUGUGUUUAGUCUUAUCUGCAUGUUAGGAUUAAGGGUUUCUCCAGUCCUUACCCUUGGAAGGUAAUACUGAAGCCGAGUACUUCGUGCAACAGCACCGCCUGCUGGAGCAUUACGGUACUAGCUUUUCUUUUUAGUGUUUGAAAAUCCCAAAGCAGGUCAUGACACAAUGAAGGGAAAAUGACAUUAGAGGUAAGCAGAGCCCCCCACCCCAGCUGCUCCCUUGACCCCACUGGUCCUUUCUGAGCUUACCUGAGUAAUUGCUAGAAUUGUCCCAUGUGUGCCCUGCCCUCUGUGACCCUUGCCCCUGGAUAAAGUGUAGGGGGAAGGGGUUAGGGCUGAAGCAGUGACCUCCUUGAACUGUUUCAUAAUCUAGUAGUGUCAAUAUGGCAUCAAUUCAUUAAGAAUAUGCAGUCUUAUGUCGGCACCACAUCAGGCUGUUUGCUUUCAGAUAACACUUUCUAUUGUUUGAUGUAAAUGGUUUAAGACUACUUGUGAGUUAUUUUUUUUUUUUUUAUCCCAAAAACAAUUGGAGGGCUCUUUCAAACAUGUUCACUUUAAAAACCAGAGAGAUUUAUUUCUAUCCCUUUUCUGGAUUUGCCUUUGGUAUGUUUUGUUUUUUCUUUGUAACAAUUUAGUAUAUUUUAUUUGGGGGGCACAGCUGUGUUCGAGGCCCCACACUUUGAAUUAUGGCAGCUAUGCAUAUUUUUAAAAGGUGUGUAUACGUAGGAGUGAUACAAAACUAUUAUCCAGGAGCAGAUACCUCUCCUUUUACUUUUCAAUAUGCAAAAAAAAACCUUGGUAUGAACAUCGCUGUCUUGGUCAUGGCUUUUUACUUGUGCUUUACCUUCAGAACCUCCGCAUAAAUCUAAUUCUAACUGGGCAUCUCGAAGAAGUUACGCUGCAUAAUGUGACUAUAGGUCUAUGGCUGUAGCCUGAUUGGCUGGGCUAAUAUCUUAGAAACCAAUUAGCUAAUUGUGAUGAAACUAUGCUGAGGCAUUCGUAAAAAGAAUUCUUUUUACACGCUGUGGCUGUAAGUCAUGAUGCCCUACUACAUCUGUAUCUUGUGAACUUUCUAUGUAUUUACUUUGAGAUUCUGUUCAUUGGUUGGGAUAGACAUGAUCAGUGUCGGUACCAUGGCACAAGUAACUGGCCCUUACAUUUCUAUACCUUUCGGCAGAAUAUGUAUUGGCUUUUUGCAUACUGUAGGUACAUGAAGAAAUGGCCCUCUUUGUUUGUGGUAUAGAGGAAUUGUGAUUUUGGCUUCUGGUGAUGAGGUCCCACACAGGUUGCCAGGGAUAAGGACUCGGGUUUUUUAGACAAUCAAAUUAAAAGUUUUCAGGCAUUUGGCACAUUCAAAAUGGACUAAAAAUCAAAUGGAAUUUAGAAACCAAAGGGGUGUGUUUUAUUUUUAUACAUGAAAUACCACAGCAAAUAGUUUGCUAGCUAGAUUUACACAGUGUGUAGACAAGCAAAAAGAUUCAUUUGAAUGAAAAACUUUGUGUAAAUGUGUCCAGUUCCUGAACUCAUGAAGCUAAAGUACUAAAUCUUAAUAUUUUACUAUCUGAUUACAUGUUUUAUUAAAUGCUGCUGCUAGAUUCAUAGUUUUAUAUUUAGGUCAUCGUGUAUGAGUCAUUGUUUGAGAUUAUUUUAUUAUAACUUUAAGAAAAUCAGAUCAGUGUUUGUGUAAACGUGUUGUACGGUUGUGACUUGGCUGUGGAAAGGGUUACAUUUAAAUGUGUGUCUCUUUAUUUGAAAUGUGUUUAAGUCUUAUUAAUAUUGUCCAGGGUUCUCUGCUCUAGUCAUUCUUGUAUAGGAGAAGUCAGUACAGCUCUUUGUAGUGGUAUGUGAUUUGGAAGGAGCCUUUUCUUCUCCUUCUUGCCCUUGGGAACAGUACUUUUGACUCUCAACAAAUCCAUAGAUAAAAGCCACAAAUGAAUACCAUUGCUUUUAUAGGGACAGAUGGUCUGUCAUGUUUUAUUUUAAUUGUAUUUAAAGCACACCAGCCCUCCUUUCCCCAUAACAGUAUGUGUAUUUAACCCCCUUAUGGCAUCAUCCAUAACUUUUAAAACACUCAUUCUAAAUUCUGAAUCUUCUUUGUACUGUAGAAGUCCAGUAGACAUUGCUAGUGUAGAAAUCCGGACAGCUUUGUGACCUGGAUAUUUCCAGAGAACACAAUGCAGAAGAUAAAUAAGAUGAAUUAUCUUAAUUACUUUAAUAGCAGAUUAUCCCCUCAUCCACAGCUUUCGGAAGCACUUAUUCUUACCCACAACAUUUUCAUUCACAGGACCACUGCCAAGGGUUGAGGGUUCAUUCAGCUGCUGUGCGUAUUACUGUGUUCUUAACUUCCUAGUUUUGUUAUUCGUAAAGUUAUAAAUCAUGUUACUUAAGCCCACCUUUUGUACUGUAUAUCAGAACUCUGGAUACUGCACUGUUUUUGAAUAUUAAUAAAACAUGAAUAUAAUAAAAUAUGUAUUUUUUAAACCACAGUAAUAUUUAGCUGUAGUCAUGUAUUUGUAUUUAAUAAGUGUAUGAAAUCGCACCAGGAUUGUGUGUGUGUGUGUUUGAAACUCUCAGGACUGUUGCAAGCGUUGCCGUGGUGAUUAUGCGCUCCCAGAACAUAAUGCAUCAUGUUUAUCUUCAUCCUUUGUCAUGAGAGGCAAUAUACUUUCACACAUUUAAUAACCUUUACAAUGUAAAAGGAGUAUAAUGGUCCUGUAUUACUUAAAAGGACCAGGAGCCUGAGCUUGCUUCCUGGUGAUUAACUGAAACUACAGAAAGCAUGUAACUUACAAUUCAUACAUAUUUCAAAAAAAAAAAAAAAUAUGACUUGAUAUAUUUAUUUUAUGUCUUCCUCCAUCUGCUUCCACGUAGUGAUCCCAAUCUCGUGUCUUGGUUUUUGAUUUUUUUUUGUACAUAGUCAUUUGGUGUUGAUUGCAAUGCUACUGGUUUCAUGAGGUCUCUAUGUAAAAACACCGAUUUGACCUUUCUUGAUCUGCUUACUGUGUAUGGGUCUAGAUCACUAGCUAAUUAGCUUCAUCGCUGUCUAAAUUAGAAAGGGCAGAGUGUUUAAACUUGCUUCUAAUGACCUGCUUUCCAGGAAUCAUUUCUCUCUGUUCUUGAAGCUUUUCCGUCCCUGUAAAACAGGUGUGUGCAGUUAAUUUGUGUAGCUAUUACUUUUCCUUAACCUAAACAGUUCAGUGAAUUGAGCAGAAUCUGUGAACGGAUGGAAGUUUGCUAACUCUGUUGGCUUGCUGGGCUGUAUACUGUGCAUGUAAUCCAAAUGCAUGAAACCGUGAUUUGACUGCCUGAAGCAGAAACAGCUUGAGCCAGACUAAAUAAAUGGGGAUGUUUUGAAGUGACCUGGCAGCUGGAGAUAAAUGUGUGUGUUGCUU